UUCGAAGAAUCAAAGACCCUCGGCGGAGUUUGCAUCGACGCGCGCACUCGAAAGGACGGUUCGACGGAUUUGUGCUACAAAAAUCCAAGGUCUUACCGUGGAAAUUCCGUGGGAAAAAUCGGUCGACCUAGUUUGGACUCGUGGGUGUUCGAAAGAAUCGCAUUUUGUGUUGUAUAGGUGACUAGAAGGAACUGAAUAAGCUGCUUAAAAGAGAUUACCUCGGUUGAAGAUUGAUCAGUUUCGAGUUGACGAGUGACACGUUGAAGGAAACAUGAAGACUCUUUUGGUGCUGGUCGUGGUUUGCCUAGUGCUCUGUGAAGGACGCAUAUCGGAAUAUCGAAGAUCGAAAAGUAAGCGCGAUAGGGAUUUGGAAGAAGAUUCGUAUGAAGAAGACUACGGUGAUCUCAGUCUGGAGGAAGCGGAAGAAGAUAGUGCACCCCGUUAUGAUCGAAGGCUGCGUGCCAGUGUGUACCAACCGUCGUAUGGAUACUCAAAAUCAUAUAGGCGAAAGUAUGAUCGUGAAGAUGGUGUAAAGCUGCGAAAGCCAAAGUACGCAGAAGAGCGAAGCCGGGGGAAAUAUUUGAGCUACGAGAAGGGACCCCACAAAACGUUCAAAAAGAACAUCGUUUCAAAGCAGCAGAGUUUUACACCGGAAGUAAGAGAUCGCAAAAAGGAGCAUCGAUCUGCACCGAUGUAUGAACCCAUGUACCAUUAUCCUUCACCACCUCCGCCUUCACCGCCACCAUCCAUGCCGUAUAACAAGCCAGCGCCUCCGAAGGCACGAUGCAGUCAACAGCUUCUGAUUUCGUGCACUCCAACGGUUACGAAAGUCCCAUGCAGUGCCGAUAUCGGUGAACACCACCCAGCACCACACCACAUUCCAGAAUCACCAUAUUAUGAAGCACCAGCCUACAAUGCGCCGGAACCUGCCUACAGCCCACCAACCUCCCAAUACCAGCCACCUUCGAAACCAUCCUACCAUUACCAACCAGUGCAGCCGGAACCAGUUCAUAGACCGCUGUACCACAAACCAGGUCAACAUCCCUACUACCAUUCGAAGCCUGAGUCACACUUCUCAGCGCCGCCCGCCUAUCACCAAUCAUACCAGCCAAGCUACAAGUCCAACGACCAGACACCUUCCUUCGCGGCUCCCGUUAGUGAAGACAACGACGAACCUGCGGUUCAACCGGUCAUCUCGGCAUUUCGGACGACCACCCAACGAGUUCCGACCGUACCGGCAGACAGGGACCAGAACUUUCAGAACGCCGAAAACCACAAUCACCGUUCGCAGAAUGGCGGUGACGAGGCCCAAAAUCAGAGGGAAGCAUCCGGAGACGAACCCGAAUCCGCCCAGGGAGUCACUUCGAGUACCGCAGAACCACAGCCCAGCAGCACCCCAUCGGAGGACGAAAACGCGCAGCGCUAGCCUCUUGCAUCCAUACUUCUCCAGCACCCUUCCCCUUCUCAUUCCAUCCCUCACACUCCACUCACCUAGACUUACGAUUUAAUUUAUUGUCAUCUACAAAGGAAGCAAAUAAAGCGAGUUGAGCUCU